GUUUCCAGGUGCUAUGACGAGGACAACGCGGAAGUGAAUUGUCAACAGUCCAAAGAGCCGCUGAAAGAAACUAUCUUCCGUCCAGACACGAUGGCAGAGGGAGAGUCUAAAUGUUGUGCUGAUUGUUCCUAUUAUAUCAUCAAAUUCAUGCUGUUCAUCUACGCCUGCUGUUGGUGGCUAAUAGGCGGAUGUAUCCUGGGUAUUGGCAUCUAUGCAGAAGUAGAGCGACAGCAGUACAAGACACUGGAGGGUGUGUUUCUGGCCCCAUCUAUAAUCCUGAUCCUACUGGGCAUCAUCCUAUUUGUUGUUUCAUUCAUUGGAGUCUUGGGUUCCCUGAGGGAUAAUAUAACUCUAUUGAAAGUGUUCAUGUACACCCUGGCAGUGUGUCUGCUCCUGGAGCUGGUUGGAGCAAUCUUGGGGCUGGUGUUUCACAACCAGGCGGAACGUUUAUUGAACAAGAACAUUCGAAAGGGCAUAGUAAACUACUACGAUGACUUGGACUUCAAAAACAUCAUGGACUACGUUCAGAAUAGGUUUAAGUGUUGUGGAGGUGAAGAAUUUAAAGACUGGAAAGUCAACAUGUACCACAACUGUAGUGCGCCUGGUCCGUUAGCCUGCGGUGUCCCAUAUACCUGCUGUGUUACUACUAAGAAUAAUGAAGUGCCCAACACUAUGUGUGGGUACAAGGCUCUAGAUGACCAGCAUCAACCACUGCCUGACAUCUAUACCAGAGGCUGCACCGGUGCAUUCAUUUACUGGCUGCUGGACAAUUAUAAGAUUAUGAUCAUACUUCUGUUUUUGAUCCUAGUGCCUCAGUUCUUCGGUGUGCUAGUCACCCGGAUAUAUAUCACUCGUAUUGAAGACAUAAGUGAUCAGUAUGCUGAACCCACCGAAGAUGCACUACGUCAGAAAGGUCGCUUGGACAAAUGGUUCAAAUGUAUGCCAGAAUGGGACUGACAGAAAACUGCAAGUAGCGAAGAGAUCUGAUGUUCAAUUGUGCUUUUUUUUUUCUUUUUCUUUUUUUCAGCGUCCACUGUUUUACUUACUUUUAACAACUUUGUUGAAAUACAGUGUACUAAUGGUGGAAAAUACUCGUUUAGAUAUGAGCUUUUAACUGCAAUGUGCCUAACAUGGUCUCAGGGAUAAAGACAAAAUACAAAACAACCACUUUUGUUUCUUUCUUUUAUGUGAAAUGAGUCUUUUCCAGUGCAACACACAAUCACAGUUUGUGGCGUUGCCUUAAUUUUGAUACUUUUCUGCCCCUGUUUCUUCUGUUGAUUAAACCAUUGCUUGACCUUUCUAAAUAAUCAAUGCUGAAUUGGUAUUGAAGUGCUGGUAUGCAUAAAAAUGGUCUAAAAUGACUUUUUUUGUUUGUUGCUUAAAAACAGCUGGUCAGUUUGCCUUAUUUGUAUCUCCUGAUGUGUCCAGGACAAGUGUUACCUAUGAUGCUCAGAUGUAUUACAGAUAUUUUAUUAAAGCAAAAAAAACCUUUAUUAUGAAAUACAAUUUUGUCAGUGGGAACA